GUUCUCUCGUCUUCUCCCUCGGUCCUAACAAUUCCGUUCCUUGUCUAUCAGGCCGAGUCCUAGUGCAGCAUGCAGCUAAGAUAGCUCGCUGGGUGGCCCGAUCGAUGCACUGGCUGUACACAGUAGAUAGCUUGAGAUGCGCCGCCGUUAAAUUGACAAUCAUUCCCUCAUUCAACCUGCUACUCCCCGCCCAGCCUCCUUAACUCUAACUUUCUUUUCCUUCUCCCCUCUCUUCUCCCUUCUCUUCCUUUUUCCUUCUGCCCAGGAGUGGUGUGACAUCUGCCAUCGCCACCAUGGUCGCCCUCCAGACUCUCACUCUGGGCCUGCUGCUCUCAAGGUCGUGGGCCCUCCCCGCGGCCGAGACAGCAACGGCCACCCUCCCCACGAGUGCCUCCAGCUCGACUGACGUGGCUUUGUCGCAGCUGGAACAGCUGAAUUCCUUUGCCUACAACCUCACCACCGACACCCUGUCCACUCCCUCGGACAGCACCAAGCGCAGCGAGGGCACCUGCACUCUGGACAAGCUGCGUGUGCGUCGUGAGUGGCGUACCUUCUCCAAGUCCCAGAAGAAGGCGUACAUCAACUCCGUCCUCUGCCUCCAGAAGCUGCCCUCGCGCACCCCGGCCGACCUGGUCCCCGGGGCGCGCACCCGCUACGACGACUUCGUGGCCACGCACAUCAACCAGACCCUGGAAAUCCACUACACGGGCACGUUCCUGGCGUGGCACCGCUACUUCAUCUACGAGUUCGAGUCCGCCCUGCGCGACGAGUGUGGCUACACCGGCGACUACCCUUACUGGGACUGGGGCGCUGACGCCCACGACAUGGAGAACUCACCCGUCUUUGACGGCAGUGAGACCUCCAUGUCCGGUAACGGAGCCCCCAUUGCCGAUCAGCCGGACGUGAUGCUCUACCUGGGUGACUACCCGGCCAUUGACCUCCCGCCCGGCACCGGUGGCGGCUGCAUCACCAGCGGCCCGUUCAAGGACUACAAGGUCAACCUGGGUCCGGCUGUUCUCUCCCUGCCCGGGGGCAACACCUCGAUGGCGGCUAACCCGCUGGACUACAACCCCCGGUGCCUGAAGCGGUCGCUGACCACCGAAAUCCUCAGUCGGUACAACACCUACCCCAAGAUCGUCUCUCUGAUCCUGGACAACGACGACGUCUGGGACUUCGAGAUGACGAUGCAAGGCAUUCCCGGCAGCGGCUCGAUUGGUGUCCACGGCGGUGGCCACUACUCCAUGGGCGGCGAUCCCGGUCGGGACGUCUACGUGAGCCCCGGCGAUGUGGCCUUCUGGCACCACCACGGCAUGAUCGACCGCGUCUGGUGGAUCUGGCAGAACCUCGACCGUAAGCACCGCCAGAAUGCCAUCUCCGGCACGGGCACCUUCAUGAACAACCCCCCGUCGGCCAACACUACUCUCGACACUGUCAUUGAUAUUGGUUAUGCCAACGGUCAACCCAUCGCCAUGCGCGACUUGAUGAGCACGACUGCUGGGCCUUUCUGCUACGUGUAUCUCUGAGGGGACUGUGUGUUGCCUCAUGGUUUCGGGGUUCAGAACAGCAAUCUAGGAGGACUUAGCUGGAAGCUUGUAUAUAUGCAUCAUAGAGCUGAACUAAUGCAUUAAUGGAUUUAUUGGACAGUAGUGCAGUACACAGCAUUUGAACACCACUAGGCGAGACACCAGAUUCAGUGGACCGAGACAGCGGAGUAUUAAUCAAUUUCCCACCA